AUGCACUUGAACGCUCCAAUACCGCGUGGCCGGAAGCCUGGGGGCUUACUACAACGCCGGCAAUCACCGGGAGCCGGUCAGAAUAUGGUAUUCGUUAUUCUCGGUAGUCUCGCUGCUAUAGUCUUGGCAGGGACCUUGAUUAUAUGCAUAAGAAAGUCCCGUGCAGACAAGAAGAAGAAGAAGCUCAAGGGCACACAAGAGACAAAUAAGGGAGGUAUUCUUAAGUGGCUGUAUAGAAGGAAAGGACAUUAUUCACAGACACCAAGCGAAGACGGCGGGGAAAGCGCGAGGCAGUCACAUCAGCUUGAUUCCAAUCCCCCGUCAACGAGUAACCGACAAAAUCGCAACAGCACCCGCAAUAACAACAAUAAUAACAACAACAACAACGGCAACAGCAGCAAUAACGCCGGCGCGACCAUCGAUAGAAACACUUCGGUCCGCUCAGUGCUUACUUUGCCCGCAUACCGACAGAGUGCUAACCACAAUGAGCAAGUCUUGGGAAGAGAGGGCGAGCGAGAUGGCGUUGACGUUAUCAUCGACUUGCCGACUGCAGAAGCAGAGGAGGAAGCAAGAAAUGAAGAGAUGGAGACAAUGUACCAGAUAAGAUUGGCUAGAAGACAGGCCAUUGCGGAGCGAGAGGAGCGAAGAGAACGUCGCAGAGAGGCACGGCUUCGAAACGACUAUCGCGAGCUGGAAGCCAUCAGAGCCGAAACCCGGGCUGCGAAUGAGGACAACACCAUUAGUGAACUGCGAACGACUGUGGAUCACCUUAAAGACAACCGGCAGAGAUCCGUAUCAAGUGUGUCAUACGCAGACGUGGGCGUUGCACGUCACGAUGGAACGAGGAUCAGAGCCAAUAGUACAGAGAGCGAACGUGUUGGUUUACUAUCUGAUGCUGCGAGCAUGCAAUCAGGACACCAACGCGGGCGAAGCUUUAGUUCUGCCGCUAGCCACGACGACGAUUUUUCGAGUCUUGCGCCAGCGCGCUCACGGGGAGCUUCUAUCCGAUCAGGCAGUGCAGAUGGUAGAGCUGGCUCGAGCCCUGAACUGGUAGAAGCAGAUCUUGGUGACGAAGCAAUGCCUCCUCCAGAUUACGAGGACAUACCGCUUAACGACGACCGAUCUUCAAUUCACGGUCCCCCGCCCAACUAUCCUGGUCCUGAGCAGUCUGCACCACAGGGAACGCAGCAAACUACAGAGCAAGAUCUGGGAUCGGAUUGGCAAAUGGCUGACGCACCAGCCACUAGCAGACACCACAGCAACAGUUCUCGCAACGGUGAAGGCAACAGCGAAGCUCCGCAACUACCAAGCUUAAGCAUACCGCAAUUGCCGGAAAUCGUUAUUGAACCCUCGAGCGCACACCCGCGAGACGGCGAACGGACACCACAGCGAUGA